AAGUCACAACAGGUCACAACACAAAGACUUAGAAUGAUUUGCACACUGGCGACGGUCACCAAGAACACCAUGAAAAGGGGCAACUAUCAUCCAUUUUCAAAUUCUCCCUUAUCUCUUUACCAUGAAAGUCGCUGUAGUUGGCUCCGGUGUCUCUGGAUUGGCGGCCACUUGGCUUUUGAAUGAACACAGUCAACAUGAAGUUCAUUUAUACGAAGCCGACAACCGACCUGGCGGUCAUGCGAACACCGUCCAUUUCCCCUCUAAGGAAGGCGUAAAUGUGGACUCUGGAUUCAUUGUCUUCAACCCAUGCACAUAUCCAAACUUCCUGCGCUUCUUGAAGCGUUAUCCCAACAUACCAAUUGCCCCCACAGAAAUGACUUUCAGCGUAUCGAGAGAUCAUGGUAAAUUUGAAUGGGCUGGAGAUACCAUCUUCACCGUGUUCUGCCAGCCUCGACGGCUAAUAGAUCCGAAUAUGUGGAGGAUGCUCUAUGAUGUCCUGCGCUUCAAUGCUUCGGCGCAAAGGCUUGUAGCACAAUGGAAUAGCGGCACUGUCGAUGUAACAGAAAUCUCCAUCGGGGAAUACUUGAACAAGGAAGGUUACUCGGAGUCUUUCAAGGACAACUAUCUUAUCCCAAUGACUGCGGCAAUCUGGAGCACUCCUCCAGAUAAAUGCGCAUUAGACUUUCCUGCGCGCACACUGAUACAGUUCAUGCACAACCAUCAUCUCCUCCAGGUCACCGGAAAACCUUCGUGGCUUACAAUUCCAGGAGGGAGUCAUCAAUAUGUGAAAACGAUUCUAUCUUCUCUCCCGGACUCUCAAUUACAUUUGUCCACUCCUAUCGCAUCCAUUCGCAACAGCGGGUCUUCGGUAGAGCUUACCACUGCUUCUGGACAAUCAUCAACUUACGAUCAUAUAAUCCUUGCAUGCCAUUCGGAUACUGCCCUCUCGAUCCUGCGCGCAGGAGGGGACGUGACUAAAGACGAAGAGACAAUUCUCGGAAUGUUUGAAUGGAACAGGAAUACGGUCGUCGUUCACAAUGAUAUUCAGCUCAUGCCCAAAGCUCGAUCCGCUUGGUCUUGUUGGAACUACUUGACGUACUCCCAGGUGGACGAAAAGGGUAUACGGAAAGCUAAUAGUGACAAGGUUUCCUUAACGUAUGGCAUGAACGAUCUUCAACACAUCUCAGAGGAUGAGCACGGACCUGUCCUAGUCACUCUUAAUCCUCCGUUCGAACCUGCAACGAAUUUUGGAUGUCACAGCUACGAACAUCCUGUUCUAGAUGGGAAGGCCGUUCAAGCGCAAAACCUCAUGUCCCAAAUUCAGGACAAACGCAAUAUUUCUUACGCUGGUGCUUACCUCAAAUACGGUUUCCACGAGGAUGGUUUUACCUCUGGGUUGCUUGCAGCGUCCUCUUAUGCUUCCAUAUUACAGCCCACUGUACGAUUACCGUUUGAGAUUGAGUAUGCUGAGAGUAGUGGACCAAGAGGAAAUAAUGCCGUCUGUGGGACGUAUCAUACUGGCAGCAAUGGUGCCGGUAUUGUGAAAUGGCUUGCGUUAUUUUUUGAUAUUUUUGAGUAUACAGGUUUGCGCGCUGUUGUUGGGCUGGUGUUGGGGACUGGUUUAGCGUGUGUUAUUCGCGCAUUGAAAACAUGUGGAUUCGACUCGGAAUUUUAGAACUUAAUCACUCAUAGGUACUCUCAGGUACUCUGCUUUUCUUUUACAGUAAAUAAUCCAUCAUCUUGCAUAACGCGGGUCAUUGAAAACAAUUUCCAGAACACAAAGACUCAGCUAAAAGCUUCUGAGUA